AUGGCAGAUUCCGCAGAGCUUCGGCAGCGCAAGCCGCAGCAGACCGCCCACGACGACGACGACAACGACGACGACAACGACGGGCCCGUCGAGACCAAGAAGGAGAUCAGGAAGAAGAUUGAUAGCGACGAUGACGACAGGUUCACAUUCUACAUUGAUAUCCUCCGCGUCAUAACAUUCCUCACCGUAGCCUCCUUCGGCCUCAGCUACGUCAUCAGCGGCGGUCAGAGCUGGGUCUGGGGCGGUGUCCGUCUACCAGAGUAUCUGACGGUAGACUAUUGGAAAGAGCAGAUGAAAGGUCCCGUAUACAUGAGCCCAGAGGAGCUCGCAGGCUUCGACGGCAGAGACCCGGAUAAGCCCGUCUACCUGGCCAUCAACGGCACAAUCUACGACGUGUCGGCUCGACGACAGAUAUACGGUCCGGGUGGUGGAUACGGCUUCUUCUCGGGCAAGGACGCCUCGCGCGCCUUCGUGACGGGCUGCUUCGCCGAGGACCUCACGCCCGACAUGCGCGGCGUCGAGGACAUGUUCCUCCCCGUCGACGACCCGGACGUCGACUCGUACUGGACAGCCGAGGAGAUGGAGGAGAUGCGCGCGGCCGAGCUCGAGGCCGCCCGCGCCAAGGCCCACGACGCCCUGAAGCACUGGGUCGGCUUCUUCGCCGGCAACGCCAAGUACAAGCGCGUCGGUUACGUCGUCAGGGAGGAAGGCUGGCUCGAGAAGGAGCCGCGUAGGGAGCUCUGCGCGCAGGCACUCAAGAGUAGGCCCAAGAGGAAGAUUCCCGGGGACGAGAAGCAG